GCUAAAUAUCUUUCUUAUGAGGCUUAGAAGAAGAAGAGGAAAUCGAAGAAGAAGAAGCUCCGCCUUCCCGCACAUGCGCAGACGUAACGGCGGAUUUUCUGUUUUUAUUUAAACUGGAUAAUGUGAUGGGGGAGUAAAGUCGUCACGGGCUUCUUUUAAUCAACCUACUGUAAUGAGAUUUUAUUUUUUACCGCCGAGAAGCGAAACACUACCAAGACCGUCUCCUGAUCACCGCGGUUAUUCAUUUUCUUUAUCCGAGAGACUAGUUAUGUUUACGCCGACGACAAUGAAAUCUUCAAAUGUUUCCAAGCAGACUUCCGCUGUAGCAUCAAAGAUCAGGAAUAAGAUCCUGAACACCUCCUCCUUCUUCAAGGUCUCAUUAAAGACCAACAACAAGGCCUUAGCUCUGGCUCUGGAGGCUCAGAAGGAGAGAGGUCGGCAGCUGCAGCAAGACAUCGUGUAUCUGCAAAAACAAGUGGAGUCACUGUGCUUCGAGCUGGCCACCAGGAAAUACAAGGACAGGAGACUGCACCUCAUCUUGAAGAACCUCCACACAAACACCCUGCAGCACUUUGACAUGGUGUCAGAACUGUUCACCGACUGUGAUCUUCCCAGACUAUCUGAGGAUAACAAGACUUUAUUUAGUGACAUCAACGAGGGAAACCUCGCAGUGGAAAGUCUUUCCGAUUGUUUACCUCGUCGGCCAGAAAUGCCAAAAGAUUUCCUCUUUCCCACCAAACACGUAAACGAGGACCUUCCUGAAACCAACCUAGAUGAGAGUAUCUUCCAGAGUCGACUCACCGAUGCUCAUAAAGAUUACACCGGUGUAGAGAAAAGGCAGUCAAGUCAGCGCGUACAAGUUCCUCAGGCGGGGACGUCCCGUCCGUCCAGCAGCCUCAGGGAUGAAGUAGAGAGACACUCAGUCUCUCAGUCGGGGUUUGACGUGAAUUUGGUUCCCGGGUCUACACGUGUCAGCACAUGUGAAAGACCCAAACUGUCCUUCUCUGCCGCUGACGGCGUGAUCCCCGUCCAGACCCCAGUCACUGCAACUGAACCAGAACGUGGACACAAACAAGAUAAAACGCUCAUUCUGGAUGCGACGAUGGAGAUGACACUGAGCAAUGCUGCUGAGAUCGUCGCCGUGGAUACCAAGGCCAAGAAAAGAACAGGCGUCUCCAGCAAAGUGAAAUGCAAGAAGAAUAAAGCGGAUUCCUGUGGGCUGAGCGACCAAAAAAAUCCACUCUCUGCAGAAUCUGGUACCAGUGAGGUUCAGAUUGUUCCUGCUGUGUCACAGACGGAUGACAUUGACGGCGUGAUCCCCGUCCAGAUCCCGGUCACUGUAACUGAACCAGGACGUGGAAACAAACAAGACAAAACGCUGAUUCUGGACUCAACGAUGGAGAUGACGCAGAGCAACACUGCGGAUAUUGUCACCGUGGAUACCAAGGCCAAGAAAAAAACAGGCAGCAAAGUGAAACGUAAGAAGAAUAAAGAGGAUUCCCGCGAAAAAGAACAUCCACUCUCUGCAGAAUCUGGUACUAGUGAGGUUCAGAUUGUUCCUGCUGUGUCACAGACGGAUGACGUAGACCUCGUGAAGCCAGAGUCACCCAAAAAAACGUCUUUAAGUGUCACAACCUCGCGCAUUCCCAAACUGAACAAGUGUGCAGGUGACAACUCGAAAGAAAACAGUCAAAAAACAGUGAAGGACAAAUUAAAACCAGCAGACGCCACAAAGUCCAAGUCCUGUGACUUCGACUCGACAGAUGCCGACGAUUAUUUCACAGAUCCUGAACAUAAACUCUCCAAAGUCGGGGAAAGUGUGACACUACAACCCGAGAAAGACAUCGCAGAGCAUUUGUUCUCCACGAUUACAUGCAGAAGGUCCAGAACCAAAGGCAGGAGGAUGUCCUCAGUCGUCAGGAAACCACUUUUCACUGCGUCCUCACGGUCUUCUGCAUGUGAGAGCAGCGAGUCCGAGCUGGACAAGCUACGGAAGGAAGCGGAAGAUGUUCGGGGGAAAUAUGAAAUGUGUAAAGACCAAGAGAAAUCUGAAGGGUUCACGCGUCCAGAGUUGGAUCUUCAACAACAUGGCCACGCGAAGAGCACGGCUAACGUCGCGGGAAGUCACAAGUCGCGAUGCAGAGGGACGUUUGUUGUCUCAGUGAUGGGGGAUUGCACCGUGUUGGAGUCACCAGAGCAGGACUUGAUGCCGUCAACAGGAUUGUUCGGCUUUGACGUUGAGGAACUGUCAGCGGUCACAGAUGUUGAUCGGCAUCGGGCGGAAUCAAACCCUUACAGGAACGGCGACGGAACGCAGAGCUCCUGUAAGCGUCCAUGGAAGGCCACUCAAGACCCUGAGAGCUUGAGCAGCCAAGAACACCACAAAGUUCUACUGCAGGACCAAGAUUUCGAGUUUCAGAAACCCAAAAAAGCCAGAAAUGAAAAGACUGGGCAAUCCGUCAAGAAGAAAACCAAGAAGAAGAAGGAGGAGGAGAGCGGUGACUUUUUAAACGACAAGGAAAAGAAGAGUAAGAGUAGCCGUAGCAACAAAGGACUCGACUCUGAGGAAGCGGUUUAUCUUCAGGAAGUCACUGAAGCCUCGCCUCGAUGUAGCGUAGAUGAUGCUGAGAGAAAUAAAGAACUGCCUGGUGAUUUACAAAUAUCCGAUGUCUCACAUUUUCACCUCGGCGAAGAGGCAGACAUCUUCGAGCAAUUCCACGACUCCAAACCCUCAAAGCUGAAUUCCACGGUGGAUUUGAAGCCAACGCAGCAUCGAGCUAAAUCCAAGCUGCACACGGCCGCAGACGGCAGGAAUCCCAGGGAGACGUUUGUCGUCUACGGGCGUAAAACUCAGGACGGCGUUUCACUCGACAACACGGGGACACCUGACAGUGUCUCGGUGGACGCCAGCGUCCAUCUGAAAGACGCACUCGCGGACGAGGUGCCGCCAUGGCUGGACAUGGAUGUUAGCAUCGCUAACGUGGAGGCGGACACUUUCCUGGGCAGUCCGAAGAGGGAGGCGUCGGCCGGGGGAGGAGCUGGAGUGACGACCGCAGACUCUCCAGCAGGAAGAGUCUUGACGUCACUGACAAACACCAUCAAAACGCCCGACGGUGACAACGGCGGCAGAACCAGGAGGCGCCACGGCGUCGUCAGCUACAAGGAGCCGCCCCUCAACAGCAAAAUACGGCGUGGGGAUAAAUUUACAGACAGCAAGUUUCUGAGCUCGCCGGUGUUUAAGGACAAGAGGAAGAAGAAGCAGCAGCAGAAGAUGAAGAUGAAGAAGACUGCACUCAUGCUGGAAACACCUGCUCUGACUAACUGAUUACUUUUAUUUAUUCAUUUCCUUUUUAAAUGCCUGAAAGUGAUCUGUAUAAUCUGUGACUCUGUCGGGCAGAGGGAUUGACAGUGGGUUGGUCAUCAAUGAUUCAGUCCGGCCCGUUCACCUGAGACACAGCAGCUGAGUGAACAGGUUCAUGUUCCCGCCUCACAGAGCUUUGCAGACCUGCAGUUUGGGAUUUGACCUCCUCGUAUGUACUGAAGUGUUGUUUCUGCAGGACUGUGCGGUGAGUUCAGGCGCUCCAUUAUUUUUCUUUUGUGUGUUUUUUAAAUUUUAUUCUGAUUAAACGUUCCUUAUCACACAAAA